AUGGCCUUGUGCAGGACUAGCCUCUGUGUAGACUAUGAAGAAACAUCACCUGCUCCCAUCCAGGAGAAUGUUGACCAGGGCUCCUCGGAGGAUCUGUGCUACACCCUCAUCAAUCACAGCGUCCUUGGGAAAAGGCCAUCAGGGAACGCUGCUGAGGAGUGCUAUGAGAACGUUCCCCUCAAGGCUGAGAGGCCCAGAGAGUCGCUGGGCGGAAACGGGACUGAGUAUUCUCUUCUUCGUGUGCCUUCGGCCCCUAGGCAUCCGUCCUCCCCAGAAGAUGAAUAUGAACUUCUCAUGCCCAGUAGAAUCUUCUCUGACUCCCUGAUAUAGCCACAUCCACUUAUGCCCCCUUCUCAGGCUCAAUCUUCUCAUUUCUAA